UGUCAAAAUAGACUUGCCAGGUCAAAGUUUAGAGAUACGACGGACGAAAAAAUGUCGAGUGCUCUGGUGUUUCCAUUGAAGUGUGCAGUGCAGCAGUAUGCCUGGGGGAAGGUGGGUUCAGACAGCGAGGUCGCCAAGUUGAGUGCCAGCAACGAUUCCAACUUUGUUGUCGACAACAGCGCCACCUAUGCAGAGCUGUGGAUGGGAACCCACCCCAAAGGUCCCAGUACCAUUGUGUCCCCUGGCAUGCCUGACACAUCCCUGGCACAGUGGGUACAGGACAACCCUACUGCCCUGGGGGAGAAGGUUCUACACAAGUUUGACAAGCAGCUACCCUUCCUCUUCAAGGUCCUGUCAGUCAACACGUCAUUGUCUAUACAGGCCCAUCCAGCUAAGCGACAUGCUGAGGAACUGCAUGCGGCUCGGCCUGACAAGUACCCAGACCCUAACCACAAGCCUGAGAUGGCCAUCGCUCUCACACCCUUCGAGGGUUUCUGUGGGUUCAGACCACUGGAAGAAAUUGUGGGCUUCCUAAAAGGUGUUGCAGAGUUCCAGGCUGUGGUAGGGUCCGAGGCAGCGGAGGCCCUGAUGACCGCCCAGUCCUCUGGCCAGCCUGACCAGGUGGCUCAGGCCAUGCAGAAAUGUUUCACUGCCCUCAUGACGUGUGACAAGGACACGGUAGCCAAACAGCUGGCUUCUCUUCUAGACAGGCUCUCCAAACAUGGUGAUGUUGCCAUGUCGGACAGUAAUAAGGAGUUGUUCCAGCGGCUUCACUCCCAGUUCCCCGGUGAUGUCGGCUGUUUUGUCACCUUCUUCCUCAACCACAUGAGACUGCAGCCUGGGGAAGCCAUGUUUCUGGGUCCUAACAAGCCACAUGCCUAUCUGUCAGGAGAUUGCAUGGAGUGCAUGGCGUGUUCAGACAACGUGGUGAGGGCUGGGCUCACGCCGAAGUACAUCGAUGUGACCACGCUGUGUGAGAUGUUGGAGUACGUUCCCAGCAGCCCUCAGCAGCAGAUCUUCCCCUGUCAGAAACACCCCACAGACUCCGCUGUCUCCAUCUACAACCCACCUGUGCCAGACUUUGCUGUCGCUAGGAUACAGAUUCCAGCAGACUGUGCCCAGCCCUGUACCUACACACUAGAAGCUGUGGACAGUGCCAGUAUUGUGCUGACCGUGGAGGGAGAGGGGGAGGGCACCACUUCAUCUGACACCAAUCACAAGGUCCAGUUCUCCCGCGGGAGUGUGGUGUUUGUGUCCGCUGACCAGAGUGUCAACAUCUCCUGUAGGUCCAAAGGCAUGCUCAUGUUCCGCGCUUUUUGUCCGUUAGACUGAAUAGAUGUGCCAUUCACUGUACCAAGACCUAGGGAAAAGAUGGGGUGUUUUCUGUUUCCCGACCGACCCAAGAAAAAACUGCUGACCCUAGCCUUUUUAGGGGGUGGACACCAGGAAGGGACAUAAAUUUUCUCAAGCUAAAGCUUUUCUAUCUCCAUGAUCUGACACCUGAGUGAAGAAAUGUUGUGCAAUCAGUUUUCCAACUUACAUGUAUAUUGAAAGUACAAGUUAGACUAGUGUCCUCUUGCAAGUUUUACUUUGUUAAACUGUAUAUAGAGAGGUCGCCAAGGUAAAAAAAAAACCAAGGUACAGUAAUCCCCACUUACGGACCCUAAUUUUUUUCAGGACUGAAACAGGAAACACAGUAUUUUUUCCCCAGGCCUAAGCCAUCCUCACAGCUCAUAAAUAUUACUGGUCAAAUACAUGCUAAUCCUAUUAAAAAGAGUACUCACCUCUAACUGGUUACCUCCUGAAUGGCCAUACUUUUUGUCAAUCAUUGGCCAUAAUUUUUGUCUAUCAUCAGGAACCAAUUUUUUUUCUUCAACAAAUGACAAAUACUGGGGAAAGGUAUACAAUCAAUGUCAUACAUUGAUGACUAAAAUAAAGAAGUUUAUUUGUCAUUUAGGCUAAGCAUAACGGACGGUCCCCCACACGAAGGGGGACAAGCAUCACUAAUUAAGAACAGGCCGGUGCGUCCAAGCCGGCUCUUCAUUCAGAUCUGAGCGUUCCUAGGUGUGGUCACGAAACUUACCCCACACGCGAUGGCUGGAAGUUUCGAUUUCAAAUUAGCUCAAUGUAUAAAUUAAAAGGAAAUUGUGGAAAACCUUAAAUGUAGGGAUAGCUGAUUGAAUUAAGAUUGACUAAAAUCUAUUUGUCAAAUGUGUUAAUGUUAGAUACAGAUGGGGCCAUAGGGAUUAUAGAUAGGAAGAAUUAUGAUAAAUCUAUCAGGUGAAAUAAAAAAAUAUUUUGCAAAAAAAAAUAAUUUUAUUGCUAAAGGGGAUGACCCCAGUGCCAAAUUGAUUAAAAAUAAUGAAUGAUACAAAUUCAGAUCCAAUAUGCAUAAUGUGUGUUACAUUUUUGGAAUGUUAUAUUAAAUUUUAUGAUUACUUCCGUGCACUCUUCUUUACAUCACAUACACAUGUUUGUUCAAACAGCAUAUGACACCCACUGUACAAUAUUGCAUCAAGGGACAAGGAAAUUACAGCAAUAAGUACAAAUGUAAGACGUAAAAUCUAUUUGAAAGUGGUUUUUACAGCUUUAUGUAGUCAAGAGUACAUUCAUAGCCCUAUUGGGCCUAGUGCAGCCUAUUACAGACCAGACCCCUAAAGCACGAGAUUUGUUUAAGUGCUAUAUAUAGGUGUAUAAUAGUGUACUGCUACAUUUCCUGGCAUUCGUUUUCAGAAUCUUUGAAUAAUACAAUCAGUUGGAGAAUACUCUCUGAAAUUUUCAAGGACAGUUUUGUCAUACAGUAAACUAGAUACUGGACAGUCACUUAGUUGAUCAUGAAAUGCAUGUACCUACUACCAUCAUGUUAUACUUACUAAAUAGUCUACUGUAGAUUGGCUCAAAUUACAAUUUGGAAUUCUGGCUGAGUUUUCUCAGAAUUUUACCCGAGAUUCCUAGAAUAGACACUGACCUUUUUUAGCAUAUUAAUGUGGAUAAAAAUUGUGUCACUCCAGGUGACACAGCCUAUCAUUUAUAUGUAAAUUUUGUAAGUAUCAUAUGUGUGAUACUAAGUGCCAUGUUGCAUUGUGGCCAUAGAUUUUAGUUAUUUUUAGUAAUUCAGGAAUUGGUGCUUUCUGUAUGAUUUUCAAAGAAACGUGGGAGCAAUGUUUUAAUUGACCACCAAAUAAACAUUACAAGGGGAUCA